AUGGAGCGGCUGAAAGCACUGGCGGAGCCCAAGCGGAAGAAGCCCUGGAAGGCCAGUGCUGUGCCGCCCCUGGAGGCGGAGGCCCCAGAGGCGGAGGCCACUGCACCUGGAGGCGAAGCCGAGAAGCCGAAGGAGACUAAGGAGACGAAGCCGAAGCCCAAAGCGAAGCCCAAGAGUCAACCGAGGACCAGCCUCAAGGCUUUGGCCAAUGCUGAGCGCGCGGCCAAGGCGAAGCUGGAAGCGGCGGAAGCGAAGACAGAUUCGACCAAGCGUUCAAAACCAUCGGGGAGAGGCCUUGCACCGGCACCAGCGAGUCCCAGUUCGCGGUCGCCCACCUCGGCGCGCUCGGCGAAGACGGAGAAGUCCGUCGCGUGUUCACCGACGGGGAAGGAGGUGAAGGACGUUUGA